AUUCGAACAGGUGAUCUCGUGGUCAUCAUGGAGAGCUUUGAUAAUCUUGCCUUUGUCUACGCAAAAGAGGGUGAGAUCUUUUCCAAUCGAAACGGAAACUUUCACCAUAAUGACUUUAUCGGUAAGCCCUUUGGCUGCAAGAUUCGUUCUCGCAGUCAUCGGGGAUACGGCUUCGUCUAUCUGCUGAAGCCAACACCGGAAUUGUGGGCACGUUCCUUGAAUCAUCGGACACAGAUUGUGCAUGAACUCGAUCAAUCCCAGGUCAUUUUUCAGCUACACUUGAAGCCAAACAUGACAGUCGUGGAAAGUGGAACAGGAAGUGGAGCCAUGUCGCACGCCAUCUUACGGACCAUUGCACCGCAUGGGAAAUUGCACACCUACGAAUUUAACGAGCAUCGAGCAGAUACGGCUCGCCACGAAUUCGCCAAUAAUGGCGUCGGACACCUGGUGUCAGUUCACCACAAAGAUGUUUGUGGAAUUCGGGGAGACGGGGGCUUUGAUUUGCCACCGCAGUCGGUGGAUGGAGUAUUUCUGGAUUUGCCUGAGCCUUGGUUGGCUGUGCCGCACGCCGCGUUUGUGAUGAAACCCAACGCAAGAUUGGCUUCGUACAGUCCCUGUGUUGAACAGACCCAGAGAAUGGUAGAAACCUUGCGACAAUCGGGAUUUCAUUCAAUCAAGACGAUGGAAUACCGGUUGCAAGAACAUUACGUGGAUGAG